CUCGCUUGUGCAAAGGCACAAGAUGGAAUUCUGAUACAUUUCUAAAAGAGAUCAGUCGAAGAGAGUACAUCUCAUUACCGGUGGAAGGUGACGGCUGCUGGUGCAGAGAGUCCAGUGUCUUCUGUGCAUGCUUCGAGAUCGGUAGUAGUUAGUGAUAGUUCUUUCCUAGUGCUUGUUGUACUUACGCUAAGAGACAUGUCUGUUGGAUCGUUGCAGAUGGUGUUGCUUUUAAUACCUACAUUUAUUCCGUCACAAGCUGUAAAACCUCCUGGAUAUAUUAAACCCCCGGAAGUUCCUGAUGAGAAUCCUCCCAAAUACGAAUAUGGCUAUAACAUUGACAAUAACGGAGGUGAAGCCCAAGGAAAAUUAGAACAAAGAGACGGAAUUUUCGCUAAGGGAGGAUAUUACGUCGAGGGUUUCGACUCCAAACAAAAUGUUCAAUAUGUGGCAGAUGAUUGGGGCUAUCAUCCCUAUGUAGAAUACAGUAACCAAGGACCACACAGCAAAGCCCGUGCUCAAUUUGUUCUUGGCACCGAAGCAGUUAAAGCUUUUAGAAAUAAAGAAAAUACCAAGGAUCAAUUAACCCAAAACAUCUACAGGCAUCAAAAGUCAUUCCCCAUUCAACAACAGCAACCGGUUUUAUUGCAGCAAGAAAUUUUACCACUUCCACAACAACUUACAUACGAGCCUCUACCCCAACCCCAACCUUUAAUUCAACCCGUUCAGCAACAAGUCCUAAUCCAACCGACCCAAGAACAACAGCAUAUGUUUAUUCAAAAGCAACAACCUCAAAUCAACGUACAAAUAGAAAAUCAAGAACAACAAGGACAUUCCGAACAACUUCAAGUUCUUAUCAAUGAGGCUGAACAACAGCAACUUGCUUUCGAGGAUGAACAGAGGGAACGUGAGACAAGGUUUGGAGAUAAGAUAAACAUUAAAAGUACAUUAAUUGAACACACUAAAAAUCUCGUGUCCGGUGCAGAUGUGUUAAACAUCAACGAAGCUAUCUCAGAGAAAGAUGAAUCUACAGUUGUAACAAGCACCGCCAAAUCCAUAGUUUCAGAGUACGCUCCAACCGAAGCUACCUUGUCAACCCUAUUAACUAGAGUUGAAAUAAAUCAUGAUGGACAAUCCAAUACUCCAGCUCCAGUGACAGAAUCCAGUUUGGAUAAGGAACCAAUUGUAGUAGCUGAAUAUGAAGAUAAUAGUAUUAAAUCAUCCACUGUUAGCAGCGAUUCUACUACAGCGAGUUCAACCCAGACCGAAGAAUCUGGUAUUUGGGUAACGCCAAGACCAGUAUCGGUAAACUUUUUGGCUCCAAUUACGGCAGGAAUUAGAUUAGAAAAUGUUGAACAAGCUACUAAAACCGUAUUAAAUCCAAGUAGGCAAUAUGUCGUGGAGGUACAGAAGAGCUUACCAUACUAUUUGGGAAAAUAUGAAUUUGAACAAAAACCAUCUUAUCACACUGAGCAAAGAACCAUAAGUCAUAAUGCAAGCUAUGAACAAGCUGCACAAGAAAAUAUUGAGUUGGGAAAAACUUUGCUGUAUUUCCCGGUAGAAUCUUUACCAAGAGCGCAAGCCUUAGUCCAAAAAUUGCCGCAAGUCGAAGUUCAACAAUUGCCGCAAGUCCAAGUACAGCAAUCCUUUGCUGAACAAUUUAAACAGGCUGAAGAGAGCUUUUCAGAAGAAAUUAAAAGCAAUUUUCUUAAUAAAGUUGAACAAACCGAAAGCGAAUCUCAACAAGUUUCCAUACACAACCAGAUCGUGCAUGAACAACACAAAGCUGAAGUAGAACAGCAAAACAUAGAACAACAUAAAAAGGAAGAAACACAAAAAUAUUACGAGGAAGAUCAACAAAAUCAACAAAAAUAUCAGAUUGUUCAACAAGAGGAAUUGCAAGCUUACCACCCAGUACCUAAUGUGCAAUUUUUCCAACUUCCAUAUACUAUUAGGAACCCAGAUCCAUUAAUUAAAUUUGAAAAUCAACCCUAUCCCGUUCAUGUUCCUGUACAAAUACCCAUCCAGCAACAGUCCUACCUAGUGGAGAAUAAUGUUCCAGUCCCUGCUCCAGUUGAGAAAAUUGUUGAAAAGCCAAUAGUGGUUACAAAGUACAUAGACAGACCUUACCCAGUUCAGGUUCCUGUGGAAAAAAUUGUUGAAAAACCAGUUCAUAUAACCAAAUAUGUAGAAAAACCUAUACACAUACCACAACCAUAUGCUGUUGAGAAAAUCGUCGAAAAGCCUGUAGAAGUAACAAAGUACAUAGACAGGCCAUAUCCUGUACCAUACCCUGUUGAAAAAUUAGUUAGAGUUCAAGUACCAGUCGAAAAAAUAGUUGAGAAAAAGGUUCCUGUGCCACAUUACGUUGAGAAAAUCGUGGAAAAACCAGUUACCAAAUAUGUGGACCGUCCAUACCCUGUACCAACGCAAUACACGCAUCAACAAAAUGUUAAUGCUGAUAUUUCGAAAUACCAUCAAAACCAAGGUGCCAUAUCACAAGUACAUUUUAUUCAAGGAGGACAUUUUGGACAGAAUACAAAUGGCCAACAUAUAGUUUAUCAGGCAAGAAUUCCACAACAACAAUAUCACCAACAAAUACAACAGCAGCUGCAGAAACAGCAACAUCAACAGCAACAUCAACAUGAUCAACAUUACAAUCAACAAUACAAUCAACAAAAUAAUCAGCAGCAACAAGCUACAAAGUUCACUAAAGUACAACUACAAAAUGUACAAAACAACGGAUUUGGACAUAUAGAACAACACACGCAACAAUCCAUACAACAACCACAAAGUAUAAUCUACCCCAAUACUUAUUUAUAUGCACCAACUCAUGUAAAACAAUAUAUUCCUGACAAACAUGAUUUAAAAAUCGUUAAAGGAUAUGUUCCUCAAAACUUAGUCAAUAACGGAUACUUGCCUCCAAAAGAAAAUUGCGAUCAUCAAGUUCAAUCGUCAGGUUUAAAAACACAAUAUUACACAAUUAAGCCUGAAGAGUAUAUAGGAUUAAUUCCACCAAGACAUCAACAUCAAAGAAAUGUUAGGUUUCCAAAGAAACUUCGAACACCAAGAUCAAAUUUCGAUAGCAACUUGAGGUUAGAGUAUGGAUUUAUGCCACCAUUAAUACCCUCUUUAGAGAUUGAUGAAAAUGGAAAACCAAUUGAAAAACAGGAGAACUGAGUUUAUUAAACAGUGAUAGAUUAUUGAAUGCCAUGUAGUUAUUAGUAAAAUUUCGUACAAGGAUAAAAUGCUUCAGACUUACAACUUUGGUUACCGGUUACAUCUUAGCUCAGGGUUUUCGUAUUUUUGUUAAUAUUGUGGGUGUCUUUACCCGUACAAAAGCAUGAUUAGUAGUAUUUAUUUUUAUAGACUUAUAGUUUUUAGUCGAAUUAUUUGUAAAAUAAAUAAAUGUUUUAAUAGUAUGUGAUUAAUAUUAUGUAUUAGU